CCCCCUAUCUCUCUCUCCCAGUGCCACUGUGGACCAUUCGAGGUAGCAAACGGCCAACUGCAGCAACCUGCGGUCAUUGUCUAUCAUGUUUUCUCGCCAUCGCCGAAGAUCGUCGCGCUCUGGGCCAGCAAGAUGCCACGCUUCUGUGUUCGCAUCCGAUUCCCUCGUGGCACACCCAAGGGCCCCAGAGGGGGGUGGCGUUGGAAGGUCUGGAUGCAGCAGGCUCUUGGUGGCACUCCGGGCGAUCAGGGCACAGACAUAAAUAAACGCGAACCCUUGACUUGUACACAGUAUAAAUGGCUGGUCCCAUCUUGGAGGUGAACGUCUCUAUCUCUUCUUGUUCUCUUCCCUCCCUCGCGAUCUUGGCCUUGCUCUCCUUGCCAGUUGCAUCGGCAAUCCCUGCAUCGUUCGUGGUGUUGUAUGUUACACCGAGUGUCACGAUGGACAAAUCUCCCGAGGUCGAACCUCAUGUCUCGGAAUCGGUCAUGUCGACGGAUUCGCAGUCUCCAAGUUCUAGACGUUUGGAGAGGAAUCUGCUAUGGAAACUCGAUGUGCGGAUCAUUCCGGCGCUCUGGGUCCUCUUUUUGGUCUCCUUUGUCGAUCGCUCCAACCUGGGAAAUGCAAAGAUUGCAGGCAUGCCCCAAUCUCUUCACAUGAAGGGAAAUGACUACAACAUUGCCGUCACCGUCUUCACCGUCUCAUAUGUGGCAUUUGGACUGCCGGCCAACCUGCUCACCAAGAGAUAUGGUCCUAAGUUGCUCGUUAUCUAUAUGGCGGCAUGGAGCCUUUGUACUCUAGGACAAGGGCUGACCAAGACCGUCUCUGGUCUGAUUGCAUGCCGUUUCCUCAUGGGACUCUUUGAGGCUGGCUUUGUGCCUGGCUGCGCAUAUCUCAUCGGUUGCUACUACAAAAGGGACGAGUUUCUUCGACGGUAUGCGAUCUUCUUCAGUGCAAACAUGGCUGCUGGUGCAUUCAACGGGCUUUUCUCUAGCCUUUUGACGCGAAUGGAUGGUGUAGGCGGAUAUGAAGGUUGGCGGUGGUUGUUCAUCAUUGAGGCAAUUAUCACCAUUGUCGUCAGCGCCGUCUGCUACUGGAUCAUCGUGCCGUUUCCCGAAGAUGCGACCUUCCUAACCCCGGAACAGAAGGCAUUGCUUUUGGCGCGUCUCGAAGAGGACGGCGGUGGUGUCCGCAACGAUCGAAUUAAGUUUCGUCGUAUCUUACCAAUGAUUGUUGACUGGAAGAUCUGGAUCUGUGUUGUGGCAUAUAUCGGCGCCGAGGAAUCCGCAAGUUCACUUGUUGCUUUUCAGCCUUCGAUUCUGAAAGAUCUAGGAUGGACCAGCACAUCAGCGCAGGUGCAUACGAUCCCGGUGUAUGCAACCUCGUUCAUCCUGACGCUUGCUAGCGCCUGGCUUAGCGACCACCUGCGCCAACGCUACCCGUUUACGCUGUUCGGGUCGAUCCUGAUCACUCUCGGAUGGAGCCUUGAACUAGCGCAAACCCUUUCUGCACGUAUUCGGUACAUGGGCAUGUUCUUCGUCGCCUCGGGGGCCUUCAUCAUGAUGUCGACCAUUGUCGUUUGGCUAUGCGUCAACCUGGACAAAGGCGUCAAACGCAGCGUCGCCAUGGGCCUCCUCACCAGCUUUGGCAACUGCGGUGCCUUUGUUUCCGGCAACGUCUUCAUUGCCGGCCAAGCACCCGGGUAUCCCCUCGGCUUUGGUAUUGGGGUCGCCUUUGGCGUCUUGGCCGGUGUCGCGGUGACCAUUUACUACGCCUAUCUCCGUUUGGAGAACCAGCGACGCGACCAGAAGAGCAGCCGGAGAAGCAAACGCGACGCGCGGGACGAGACGGAUCGUCUUCAGGACUUGGGGGACGCACAUCCCGAGUUUCGAUUCCAGCUGUAGAUACAUGUAAAUUAUACGGGGUAGUUAUAGUGAAUUGCUUUGUAUAAAGGAGUCCUAUCCUGUAACUAGUACAGAGUAGUUAACUAAUAACUAAUAUGGAGUGACUAGGUAGUAACUCUGAGGUGACCUCAACAGCAAGG